AUGAGUUUUUCCCUGGGCCCUUCCCAAGGGCCAGGGGAGGUUUAUGUCCAACUUGGAGAAAAGGGAAAAACUGGUUUUGGCGAGGUGUACGUACACCCGAGGGGCCCCCGCACAAGUGCUGCGCUGCGGCAGCAGCUGCUGCAGCAGCUGCAGCAGCAGCAGCAGCAGCAGCAGCGGCUUCCUGCAGCGGCCCCGGCCCCAACUGCUUCUGCGCUCGCGACAGCAGCACCAGCAGCAGCAGCAGCAGCAGCAGCAGCAGCAACAGACAACGAGCAGCAGUGGCGGCUCUGGGCCUCGCAGCAGCAGCAGCUGCUGCUGUGUCUCUACUCUUAUAUUAAGGCGCAUGCAAUGCCCCAAGGGCAGUUGGAAGCAGCAGCAGCAGGCCAGCAGCAGCAGCAGCAGCAGCAGCAGAAGGCUGCCAGCAGCGUCCCUGUGUAUCUUGAUGCUGUUGAGCUGCUGGAGCAAAGGCCCUUCCUGGGCCAGCAGCUGCUGCUGCUGCCGCAGCAAACUUUGCUGCUGCUUCACGAAAAGGUGCUGCCCGCGAUAUGCAUGCUGCUGCUGCAGCAGCUGCAGCGGCGGCAGCAGCAGCAGCAGGAGCAGCAGCACCUGCAGGAGCAGCAGCAGCUGCUGCUGCAGAACCAGCGACCGGAGCAGCUGCACCUGCAGCCGCAGCAGCAGCAGCAGCAGCUCGUGCUGCGGCAGCUACAGCAGCAGCAGCAGGAACAACAGCAGCUGCUGCAGCAGCAGCACCUGCUGCAGCAGCAAGCUCUUCUUGCUGCUCCUCCCCUGCGGGUUCGCCUCACUCAUGUGCCCGCAGACGAAAUGCCUGGGGCUGACCGCAGCAG